AUGUCGACCAGAGCUGUGAUCUGGCUUUUGGUGUGAAUAGGGCUUACAGUGGGAACAGAGGGAGAGAAGUGGGGUGACAGGUUUUAUCAACAAGAGUUCUGAUUUGGAGACCCCAAGAAGUUUGAUAAUAGGAUUUUUGGCAUGGAAGAGAGGGAGAAUGGGGUGUUGGGGAGUUUGGAGAGAGAUAAUGUGGAGUUGUUGGUGAAGUACGUUAAUAGUUACCAUUAUUCGGGAGAGGCUGAGAUGGGGACGAGUUAUAUGAUAUCAGGAGAAGUUGGAAAUUUGAGGAGCACUGAAAUUAACAUAAUCAGCCUGAUGCAGAAUGAGACCCUUCCUGAUACUCUGUUUAUUGGCUUUGGACUUGAUAAUCAUGAAAAGGUAGAUAAAGAUAACCCUCUUGUCUUCAAAGUUAUUGUUGCGGUCAGAAAGAAAGAGUCAAGCUCGCUUAGUUUGGAGCCAUUAUAUCACAAAGGGUUAAAGAUACAUUCGUAUGAAUCACUUUGCUAUUACUGUUCAAGUAAGAUCCAAGACCCAGCUCCAUGAGUACUAGACAUGACUCUAAAGACUUGGGGAGGAUAUAAUGAAAUAUCUGCUAAAACUCAAGUCCACUCAAAAAUGAUUAUUUCUGAGCUUCAAAAUACAUUUAAAGCAGAUUUAAAAGGAGGAAGUGCUUAUGAACUGAGCUAUGGCUUUCAUUUCUUUUUCUCCUUCAUUCUGCUACUUCCUCUUAUCGGACCUAUCCUCAUUCCUCUUGGACAUAAUUAUAGGCUAUUUGAUCUUCAAAGUGGAGAUUUUAAAGAAAGAUCCAUAUUUUUGACAACAAGGGUUAUAUUUUACACAUAUGCCAUAUUUACUAUAAACAUGGUCUGGCUGAGCAUGUUUGGAGAUAAUUCAGAUGGUGCACUCUUCAUGCCCGCUCUAUUGAUUCUGAUAAUAAUGGCUAACCUAGUGGCAUCAUUCUAUGUUUUACCCUACUCAAUAUUGUUGAUUAAUAACUUUAUAGAUUUCCUAAGCGGGAAUACAUCUGAUUUUGGUCCAUUGCCUUGUUUGACCUUAUUGAUAUUCACCUUGCUGUACCUAGUCAUCACAAUAUUCCUCCCCUUCAAAAACUUCAUCUUCACAAAAUCAGCCUACGCCUUCCUCACUAUACCCCUUCUCGCCAACUUCAUCCUCAAUUUCUCCAUAAAGACCAGACAAAACGACCAGUACAUUCACUUAAUCGUGGCUGCUUACAUCACUCUGAUACCAUUCACUCCUUAUGGACCAUUCUACUUCUCUUCAACAGAUUACUACUGCGUAGUGGCUUUCUUCAUCUCCCAAGUAGCUUUAGUUACACUUAUCCGUCAACAAGGGGUACAUGGGAGUAGGUUUAUACUUCCCGACUGUUUUAGGAGGAGGUAUUAUGAUAUUUUUAAGUUCAGAAUUUCUGUCUUACCUAGUGAACAAGAGGCCAAGGAGACUUGUGGGGUGUGCAAAGGCUUGUUAGCCGAGCCUGGGGUAGAGGAUCAGAAUACUCCAAAACCUUUUAAGUUUGCACGAGUCAAAGAUGAGCCAAUGAUAUGUUAUAGAUUGCUUUGAGGGCAUAAAUUUCAUCAGAAAUGCAUUCUGGAAGAGCUGAAGCAAACCCAGAAAUGCCCUACAUGCCAGCAACAUAUAGGGAAGGAUUAUUACAUGGAUUAAAACUGUUUUCAAUAA